CUCCCGUGCGGGGCGGGGUGGUGCGUUCCGAGUUCCCAGGAGUUCGAGGCGGGCGGGUGCCUGGGGGAGGGGAGUGGCGGCGGCGGCGGGCGGCUCCCGCCUCAGCCUCGGCAGUGGCGUCGGCGACGGCGGAGUCGAGGCAGCCGUGAGCGCUCCGCUCAGUGUCAGCCGGCGGCGACGGCUCAAGAACUGGGAGUUGGGGACCCGUGCGCCGGACCUUCCGCCGUCGCCGCCGCGUCGCGGCCGCUGCUGCCGCCGCCCAGAGCCUAAGGCGCCGGGGCCGGGGGAGCCGGGGGGGGGCGGCGGGCGAGCCAGCGGGCCGGGGGGAGGGUGGGGGAUGGCGCGGACCCCGGGGCCGGCCCCGCUGUGUCCCGGAGGCGGCAAAGCACAACUUUCCUCCGCUUCUCCCCCCGGGGCCGGACUCCUGCUGCCGCCCCCGACGCCACCACCGCUACUGCUGCUGCUCUUCCCGCUGCUGCUCUUCUCCCGGCUCUGUGGUGCCUUAGCUGGGCCAAUUAUUGUGGAGCCACAUGUCACAGCAGUAUGGGGAAAGAAUGUUUCACUGAAGUGUUUAAUUGAAGUAAAUGAAACUAUAACACAAAUUUCAUGGGAGAAGAUCCAUGGCAAAAGUUCACAGACUGUUGCAGUUCAUCAUCCUCAGUAUGGAUUCUCUGUUCAAGGAGAGUAUCAGGGAAGAGUCUUAUUUAAAAACUAUUCACUUAAUGAUGCGACAAUUACUCUACAUAACAUAGGAUUCUCUGAUUCUGGAAAAUACAUAUGCAAAGCUGUUACAUUCCCGCUUGGAAAUGCUCAGUCCUCUACGACUGUAACUGUAUUAGUUGAGCCCACUGUGAGCCUGAUAAAAGGGCCAGAUUCUUUAAUUGAUGGAGGAAAUGAAACGGUAGCAGCCAUCUGUAUCGCAGCCACUGGAAAACCAGUUGCACAUAUUGACUGGGAAGGUGAUCUUGGUGAAAUGGAAUCCACUACAACUUCUUUUCCAAAUGAAACGGCAACAGUUGUCAGCCAGUACAAGCUGUUUCCAACCAGAUUUGCUAGAGGAAGGCGGAUUACCUGUGUUGUAAAACAUCCAGCCUUGGAAAAGGACAUCCGAUAUUCUUUCAUAUUAGAUAUACAGUAUGCUCCAGAAGUUUCGGUAACAGGCUAUGAUGGGAAUUGGUUUGUAGGAAGAAAAGGUGUUAAUCUCAAGUGUAAUGCUGAUGCAAAUCCACCACCCUUCAAAUCUGUGUGGAGCAGGUUGGAUGGACAGUGGCCUGAUGGUUUAUUGGCUUCAGACAAUACUCUUCAUUUUGUCCAUCCCUUGACUUUCAAUUAUUCUGGUGUUUAUGUCUGUAAAGUGACCAAUUCCCUUGGUCAAAGAAGUGAUCAAAAGGUCAUCUACAUUUCAGAUGUCCCAUUUAAGCAGACCUCUUCCGUAGCCGUAGCUGGAGCUGUAAUCGGAGCUGUUCUUGCUCUCUUCAUCAUUGCUGUCUUUGUGAUUGUCCUGCUGACUCCUCGAAAAAAGAGACCAUCCUAUCUUGACAAAGUGAUCGACCUUCCACCCACACAUAAACCACCUCCCAUGUAUGAAGAACGAUCCCCACCCUUGCCUCAAAAAGAUCUAUAUCAGACCGAACACUUGCCUUUGCAGACUCAGUUCAAAGAAAGAGAGGUUGGCGGUCUCCAGCACUCUAAUGGACUAAAUAGCAGGAGAUUGGACUAUGAAGAUGAGAAUUCCACGGGGGAAGAUGGGAUUCAGCAGCUGUACCCCCUUUACAGUCAGAUAUGCUACCAAGACCGGAGUCCUGGCAAACAUCAUGAAAGCAACGAGCCCGAGAGCGUCUACAUCAACCCACGAGAACACUACGUGUGAUUUCCCUCUUUCCAGUUGACCUGGCAACUGUCCUAAAGGUGUUAAAGACGCCCGAGAAAACAUGAGGACGUUGACUCCCACCUGCAAUUCCUUGCUCAAGCUCCAAACUACGUUUCCCUACGGUAUUUCCUAGAGUGGUAGCACACUACCAUGCCUGCCUCGCAAGGCCGUGACGAGAUCUCUCCUGUGUCUCUUGCAUAACACCUACCCCCGCGGCGUGCUGCAUGGUGCUCUUCAAGGGGUUCAGGAGCUGGCUGCCUUCCCCUGCCUUCCCCACUGCUCCCACCCGCUCCCCACUCUGUCUAACCCUUUCCCCAAGUUGUGUGGAUUAUUUACAGGCAUUACUUCAAGGAUGAAUUUCAUCAAGACCUGCUGAGCUGCAUAUUUACACAGUCUCCAGGUUUUUCUUACCAGCUGUGGACAUUUUUUGCAAAUUCUACAUUAUCACCUAAUUGAAACGACUGCUUGGUUCCAUUUUUCUUAUUAAAGACAGAUUAAGAAAAUCAAUUCAAUACCUUAGCCAUUUUAAAGUCAUCAUUAAUCUCAUGCCCUUGAUUUAUAAUCUGGCUUUAAAAAAAAAUAUGUCCCUACAAAUCCUUUUCUUGCUUUUCAGUCCCCCCGCCCCACCUUGCUGGUAUCAAAACCUACUCCAUCUGACUGCUCAUUCCACUCGGGUUAGCCUGCUUUACUGGUUAGUUUUUGCUCCUUCCCAAUUGGGCCUCUUCUAGUACAUGCUCUUUUUUUUCCUCACCCAUAAAUCUCUUGCAAUUUAUCAUUUGAAGUUUCCAGUUGUUCAAGAGCUUGUAUGGUGAGAAUGAAAUGCAGUAUUUUGAGUUUCAUUUGGGGUGUCUUCAAGAGCUCUCUCCGUGUUUUCUCUGAUGACAUUCUUGGCCCCUCGCCACUUCCAUCUGCCAGUCCCCACAGCUGAGACCUCUCAAGCCCCAACUGGAGGCGGCAUCUGGACUUGGUCCCAGGCCUUGCCAGGAGAAUGUUCAGAGUUGGUACCUAGGUUUUGAGGAUAUUCCUGUCCAGCCAGGCCCAACCCUGCUUGUCAACUCUAAUAACUGGCCUCCUAUUUGGAUGUCGGGGCCCAAGGAUCUGACCUAACUUGUCCAGAUCCUCAGAUCAUCGAGAGUCCCCUUAGCCUUGCUGGUCUAUCCCCUGAGCCACAGCUAAGGGCCCAUGAUCCACCUUUGCAUGUUGCAACACCUUGAUCUAGCCUCACAUUUGGGCAGACAAUAUAUUUAGCUCUCCAUGCCCUAUCAAGGUCAAGGACACCCACCAAUGACCACUCAAAGAACUUGCUCAAUGCCAAGUGCUGUCUACCUGAGCGACUGCCAUCACCUUACACUCUGGAUGCAUCCUCUGCCUUCCUAGAUGAACGUCUUUCCACCAGAUGGGUAGGUCUGACCUCCAUUUCUAGCCUGCAUCUCGGUCUGACACGCACUACUGGAGGGCUUAAUGAUUCCUGCCCAUCCCAGCAUCCACUUGAGGCUUGCCUCCCAAAAGAAAUGUCCUUAGGAAGAAAAACUAUUACACAGUGUUUGUCUCCACACCUUCACGUCCUCGAAGACUCUUUUCUGUCCUCCAGCACCUCCCUCCUGUGUCCAGAGUCCUCUCGCUGGGCAGCUCUGACCCAGCCUCCUCACUGUGGCUCUGCUCCAGGCUAGAGAGCUGCCCCCUUCCCCCAAACGGCCCCCUUCGCCCUCCCCCUUUUUGCAGGGGUUGCUCAGAUGAUUCCAUAAGGCAUAGCCUCACAGACCAGUUGAGUGUCUCUUGAAACUCUACCCUGAGAAUACUAUAGUUAUCACUACAUGGUUCCAUUUAUGAUAGUUAAGGAAGGCUCUUUGGGUAGACCUACUAUAGAUGUUUUGAAGAAAAUAUGCCAUAUAUGCAAUCAUGCUUUUUUUCCCUAGAAAAAUGAAACCUCUUAGAAACUGUGAAACUUGAAACAACAAUGAUAUGGCCAUUUUUCACUCCUUAUAGAGAAUUUUUUAAAUGAUAAUAUUUAGUAUUGAAAACAGGAUAUUAAAGUAAUACUUUCAUACACCACUUCUAGGAAUAUAAACUAACGCAUCUUUCUAAAAAGAAACCCACGCUUUCUGACCUAAUAAUGUCCCAUUCAGCACUCUACCCUGUGGAUAGAGUAAAACAAUUAGACAAAGAUUCAUGUGUUAAGAUUUGUAUUAAAUUAUUAUUUAAAACAAAUAUUUGGAAGAAAAUACAAAAAUUCAUUCAUGGAGAAAAGUUAAUAUGUAAUUAUACACUUAUACUAUGGAACGUUAUGUAUUCAUUGAAAUGUCUUCAAAGAAUAUUUUAAACCAAAGAAAAUACUAACGAUCUGUUAUUAAGUGAAAUGAUAAGAUUCAAAAUUCCAUGUUCUGCGACCUCAGUUAUGUCGCAGCCGCUGUGUGCCGUGGGAUACACACAUACCACCAACUGUGUACGUGUGUAUUGUAUAAAUAAGGCUGGGUAAAUUCAUGUUAACAAUGUAAAUAAAUGUUAACAGCCGUUCCUUCAUGGGAUUAGAAUUGAUUUUUAUUUUAUAUCUAUGUUUGCUUGUUUUCUCAGGUUUUCUAUAAUAAACACGUAUUACUUUAAUGGUCUCAAAAACAGCAUUAAACACACAAAGGCGGUUAUACUUGAGUUCAAGGUAAACAUUUUUAGUGGCUGGAGGGUGGAGGCCUGGAGCACCUCUCUUGUUGACAGGGGGGAGGUCGGCAGAAAAUAGGGCUUCUCUCAGUGAGUCUUCCCGCUUCCCCACUUGAGAAAUCACACCCUUGCAGCUUCUUACCUUAUGUGUGUAACAUAUUUUCUCAUGUUCAAGAGGAACACGAGAGCAGAACAGUCAUAAUGCCUGGGUGGCUCAGUCGGUUAAGCGACUGCCUUCGGCUCAGGUCAUGAUCCCAGGGUCCUGGGAUCGAGUCCCACAUCGGGCUCCCUGCUCUGCGGGGAGCCUGCUUCUCCCUCUCCCACUCCCCCUGCUUGUGUUCCUGCUCUCGCUAGCUCUCUCUCUGUCAAAUAAAUAUAUAAAAUCUUUAAACAAAUCAUAACGGUGUAAAAUUGUAUUUGUUGAGAUAAACUCCAUGCAGGAAAAAGCCUCGAACUGCAACUGAUCCUCUGCCCUUGACCACUGUAUCCCCAUGAUGGGGCCCGCGGAUGGGGCCCACGCCCCUGGAACCCCGCACCCCAGCCCCCUCCCAGAUACAAAAUUGUGUGGACCGCGGAGCCUUUCGCAAACUCAGGACACAUACAGGAAGGCUGGAAGGAAUUCUGAACUCCUAGAACGACGGGUGUCUUCUGAGUACGGAGAAAUAAAUAAA